CUUACAUACAUAUCAAGAAAUCAGUCACUCGUUUAUUUCUUUUGAUCUCCUCAAUAUUCAGACUCUCGUUAACCUAUUUUCGUUGCCUAUUGUUUUGCUUUUAACUUUCAUCUUUGUUCCCCCAAACAUCGAGAUGCCCCCUUCGGCGCUGACCACGACCUUCAUACAAUCGACCUUCCUUAAUGCCAUUGCCAAUCUCCUCGCCCAGGUCAUAGAUCAGUACCACCGCGGUAAACCAUUCCACCUAAACCCCACCGCCCUCCUCCAAUUCCUCAUCUACGGUCUCCUCAGCGUCCUCCCCAAUUUCCUCUGGCAACGGUUCCUCGAAUCCCGCUUCCCGGGGUUCCCCUCCUGGCGGCGGCGGUGGUCGUCGGCCCUCACCACCACCACCACCACCACCACCAUUCCCCGGACAUCAUCCACCCCCACCCCGCCCAAUCCCGCUACUACGAAGGCCGCACCACCGAAAGGGGAAGUAUGCAUCCCCAUCCCCAUCAUCCCCAUCUUUCCCGAAAAUACCACGACCAAAGCCAAAGACAAAGCCAAGGACCAAGACCCGAAAAGGCAAGCGGGGAGGUUCUACCCCCGCAGCAGCAGCAGCAGCAGCAGUAGCGGCAACGGAGUCCGCAACUUCCUCGCCAAGUUCCUGCUGGAUCAGACGGUGGGAUCGGUGAUGAAUAUCGUGCUGUUUGUGGUGUUGAUCAAUUUGUUGAAGGGGGUGAGUUGGGCGGGGUGUUGGGGGUUGGUGCGUGAGGACUUCCGGCCGAUCAUGAUGGCGCGGCUCAAGUAUCGGCCGCUCGUCUCGGUGCUCAUGUACACGGUGGUGCCGGUGGACCGGCGCGUGGUGUUUGGGAGUGCCUGUGGGGUGAUCUGGGGGGUGUAUUUGAGUUUAUAUGCGGUGGUUUAGCCAGUGUCAAAAUCUGGCGUCUUGGAUAUGGGCUGCAUAAUACUUCGCUUUGUUUCACACUGGGUGCUUGGGGCUUGGGGCUUGGGGCUAUUCUGUCAAAGAACGAUAGGGGCCCAAUUGUCAACCAUAGACUAAUAAUGCUUCGCGUUCAUAUCAUAUUAGCAUAUUACAG